UCCCGAUAAUGAAUUAUUAAGUACCUAACUUUGUAACCUGGAAGGUGUGUGAUGAUUUGUCACUAGACGCAAGAGAAACUGGAAGGCUCUUUUGAUUAACGUAGGCGCCAAAUACCAGAUAAAUUAGUGCAAAUUAUUCCAUUUAUGACGCGUAAUGUUCAGCUCUGGAGAUCUUUUAUUCUGAUGAUAAUUAAAGGAUUUGGUUUCAUCUUAUUUUCUGGUAUUGAAGUAAGUAAUUCAAGAACGUUAGACUACGAAGWUCUAUCGAUGAAGUCACAAGUAAAGACAACUCGUCCGCGUCGUAUUACACUACUUGUUYUAUCUUGKACUUUCUUUUUGUUUUCAUCGUCAAAAGCAAGGACACCUGUUUAUGCUGGAUUUUUACUUAACGAGACGUGGAAAAUCACCAAUUUGAGUCUAGUGUACAACSAAAGCGUCCAAACUGUCUCUUGGUCAAUAAAAGGAAAAGGRUUCAAUAGUGUCAUGGGAGAAGGUUGUAAGGAGUUUGUCAAACAUAAGAUUGUAUCGUUGGUGGGACCUAAUAAAGGACUUUUAAGUGGAAUAGGGUAUCUCCAAUCACAAUAUCUAUCCGUCCCGUACAUUGGUAUUGGAUUGGAGCCUUCGUUUUCGUAUCACGGGUCCAACUACAUUAGUCUAGGACCCUCAAGUUCUUCCCAGACUKCAGCAAUUAUYGGACUUGCCAUUGAGUUCGGAAGCCCUUGCAUUACUCUAUUUACAACCAAAGACAACGUUUCUGCUUUAACUGCAUUACAUUUUAAAGAAAUGGCCGAAAAAAUAAAUUCAAUAAGUAUUAAAGUACAUGAAAUACUCCUUAAGGACGAUCCCGAUAGAGAUGAUUUCAUCCGCAUUUCUAAGGAAGUCCUACUCAUGAAUAAAAGUGGAGCAGGAGUUGUGGUAUUGGAUUGUAACGCUGCCCUGGCCGCGUACGUUCAAAAAGUUACGGCUUCUCUCGAAAUUCCAGUCGAGAAAUUCUUCUGGGUCGUGUUUGAUMRAACGUUCGACGGAAAUGAACAARAGAAAGURYCCAGUGUUCCAUUAGGGGUGYUGAAGYUAMAAGUGCCAUACACGAUAGAUGAUCUUGUUGCUGACGCAAUGCAGYUGAUUAAUUCAAGUAUACCGUCAGYACAUUGGUUGGCUAACUCCAAUUYAAGAAACAGUUCUUGUUCAGAUUCUCUGAAACCUUGGCUUGAUGGCAGCAAAUUAUACAAAGUGAUGACAAAUCAAUUCUUUAAUGGAAAAACCGGCUCAGUAGCGUUUACAAAUGAGGGAGAGAGAAAAGUCACUACCUUCAAGAUACUACGCAUGACAAAAGAUGGCCAACAUGGAAAGCUCUGGAAAAAAGUCGGGACAGCAGUGGACAAGAAGAUCCACCUGGAAAGUGCAUUCUGGGAAGUCAACGCAAGCUACGCAUCAAGUCAUGUGAUCAAGAUGGUUACCAGUCCCGACAAYCCUGUGGUYACAGUAAGCAGAAAAGGACUAUUACAGAAUGAGCAGUGUACUCUCUCACAACUGUGYAUUCAAUUCGAGGAGAAACCCAUCCCUGGUACUAAUAGAACUCAGGUUCAUGAGAUUAGAAAAUGCUGUAUUGGGUAUGCCAUCGAUAUUCUAGAACUUCUCAAAAAAGACCUCGGAAUUCAUGURAAGUURUACUUUGUGGAAGACAARUAUUACGGGGCAUACAAUGCAACCACAAARUCAUGGAAUGGCAUGGUUAAAGACUUAAUCGAUGGAAAAGCAGAAAUAGCGCUCACUACUCUCACUAUCAAAGAAAGUCGCUCACGUGUCAUAGAUUAUUCYGUUCCAUUUCUGUACGGAGARACCAAAAUCAUGCUUGGUAAGAAGGUCAAAAGCUGGAAUAAGAUUGAGUUUGGGUUCCUGGCUCCAUUUCACACGAAUCUCUGGAUAGUUGCCUUGGUUGUUAUYAAUUUAGUUCUUAUUGUGGUCUGGUCUUUGGACCGUAUUAGUCCUCUUGGCCAUUAUCGAUCUCAUGUAGACCGGAGGAAGCAUGCAUUUAAUAUCCCAGCCUGUAUGUCGUUCAUCUGGAGUGGUGUKUUCAAGCUGGAGCUUGAUAGCAAUGCGAGUCCGAGGAGUGYUAGUGCUCGCACUACGUCAGCUGUUUUUGCGUUUGCAAUGUUAAUGCUUGUUGCAUCGUAUACGGCGAAUCUWGCUGCAUCGCUUGUGACGACGACAGAUGUGCAAGUUACAAAUAUUAAAGACAGUAAGGUAAAUGGUGAAUUUUAG